AUGCCAGCACGAACGGGACAGGAAUAUAUCACCGGACUGAAGGAGCACCCCCGCGAGGUGUGGAUCAGGGGGGAGCGCGUCAAGGAUGUGACGACGCAUCCGGCGCUCCGCAACGGCGUGAAGUCGGUGGCCGCGCUGUACGAUAUGCAGCAUGACGCCACGCUCAGCGAGGCGAUGACCUUCGCCUCGCCCGCUACCGGCGAUCCGGUGGGUAUUUCCUUCAUGGUGCCCCGCACCGCGGAAGACCUGCAGCGCCGACGCGAGAUGAUGUCGCAUUGGGCCUGGGCGAGUUGCGGCAUGAUGGGGCGCUCGCCCGAUUUUAUGAACACCAUAUUUACCGCGUGGGCCGGGUCGGCCGACUACUUUGCCCAGGAUCGGCCCGAAUUUAAAAAGAAUGUGCUGGCAUACCACGAGUUCAUUCGGGAGAACGAUGUAACGCUCACCCAUGCCCUGGUGAACCUGCAGCGCCGGCGCACUGCUGGUCCGGCCGAUACGCUGCACGAUAACGUGGCGCUCACGCUGGUCAAGGAGACCGACGCUGGCAUCGUGGUGCGGGGCAGCCGCACGCUGGCGACGCUGGGACCCAUCUCCGACGAAAUCGCCAUCUAUCCGGUGGCGAGCCAUCGGCUGGAUGACGAGGCCCGACGUCAGGCAUUCUCAUUCGCCAUUCCGUGCGGUACGGAGGGUGUGAAGUUUUUGUGCCGGGAGAGCUUCGACGCGGGUCGGUCCCACUUCGAUCAUCCCCUGGGGUCGCGGUUCGAGGAAAUGGACUCGGUGGUGUUCUUCGACGACGUGUUCGUGCCAUGGGAGCGGGUGUUCCUGCUGGGGGACGUGGAGUUGUGCAACGGAUACGCCUCCGGCACUCAAUCGGACGCUCACACCGGACACCAGGUUUUGACGCGAUGCCUUACCAAGGCCGAGUUUGUGCUGGGUCUGGCGGAUUUGAUCGUGGAUACGCUGGGAUCGGGGACGAUAACGCACGUGCAGGAGAUGGUGGCGGAGUUGAUCACCCAGCGGGAUAUGCUGCGGGCGUGCCUGCGCGCUUCCGAAGCCGAUGCCAAACCCAACCAGUGGGGCAUGAUGUGCCCCGAUAUCAACUCCAUCCGAGCCGGGCGCACCAUGUUCGGCCGCACGGUGUUCCCGCGGAUGAUCGAGAUUAUCCAGUUGUUGAGCACCGGAAGCCUGAUGGCGCUGCCGGCGGAAGCCGAUUUCGAUGCCGGUAUCGCCACCGAGGUGAACCAGUAUUUCGCCACGGAUUCGGCCACGGCGCGGGAUCGCGCCAAACUCUUCCACCUGGCCUGGGACGUGUCGUGCAGUUCGUUCAGCGGCCGUCAGGUACUCUACGAGCGGAUGUUUGGCGGCAAUCCGGUGCGGAACUCGCUGGCCCUGUACACCAACUACGAUAAGGAACCCUAUAAACAGAAGGUGCGCGCUUUUCUGGAUCAGGAUGACUGA